ACCCGGGUCGCAAGAAUGGGAAUCUUGCAUGAUACCACUACACCAGCGGCGCGGCUGCUCUGCGGCCCCCGCCCCGCCGCCUUUAACCCUGCUCCGCCCCGCCUCGGCAGCACGGCCCGGCCUGGCCCGGCCCCACACAGCGCCAUGCCGGCCGCCAGCCUCCUGCUGCUCCUCGCCGCCCUCUCCCCGGCCGCCCUGGGCCAAGGGGGGCAGCGCGGUGCCCCCGGGAGGAUCGCCGUGGUCGGCGGUGGCAUCGGGGGCACGGCGGCGGCUUAUUUCCUCCGGGAGAAGUUCGGGAGGGGCGUCCGGAUCGAGCUGCUGGAGAGGGAGACGGUGGGAGGCCGCCUGGCCACGCUGGAGGUGGAGGGAGUGGGCUAUGAGGCGGGGGGCUCGGUCCUGCACCCCCUCAACCUGCACAUGAAGCACUUCGUCAAGGAGCUGGGUCUCCCCGCUGCCCCCGUCUCUGGCGGCCUCGCGGGCAUUUACAACGGAGAGGAGUUCGUCUUCGAGGAGAGCAGCUGGUACAUCAUCAACGUCCUCAAGCUCCUCUGGCACUACGGCCUCAACCCCCUGCGAAUGUACAUGUGGGUGGAGGACAUCCUGGACAAGUUCAUGCGGAUCUAUCGCUACCAGACGUACGACUACACCUUCAGCAGCAACGAGCGGCUCUUUCACGCCCUCGGAGGGAACGAUUUCACCCAGAUGCUGAACCAAACCAUCGAUGAAGCCAUGCAGAAGGCCAGCUUCUCCCACAAGUUCAUAAACGAGAUGGUUUGCCCGACCAUGAGAGACAAUUUCGGGCAAGGUGUCAACAUAAAUGGGUUUGUAGGUGCUGUCUCUCUGGCAGGGGCAGGAUCGGGCCUUUGGUCGGUAAAAGGGGGAAACAAACUCGUCUGCACUGGCCUCAUCUACGCCUCGAAAGCAGAAUUUAUCUCCGGAACGGUUUUGUCUAUAGAGCCGAAAACCAGACCCAGAUCCACAGGGGACCCCGUGAAGCUCUACCAGGUCACCUACAACACGACAGCGGGGGUGACAGGGGACACGUACGACAUCGUCAUCAUCGCUGCUCCGCUGAACCGCAGGAUGGCCAACAUCACCUUCAAGAACUUCGACCCUCCCGUCCCCGAGUUCUCCAGCCCCUACCACCAGACCGUGGUGACCUUAGUGCACGGGCGCAUAAACGCCUCCUUCUUCGGUUACCAGGACCCUUCCGCCUUUCGUUUUGGUGCCAUUUUCACUACGGAGAAUCCCGAACUCUUCAUCAACGGCCUGGGGAUGGUGUCUCCGGUGGAAAAAAAGGGUGAGGAAGGAAAGCUGCCCCUGCAGUCGGCCGUCUGGAAGGUGUUCUCCAAGGAAGUGCUCACCAAAGAGCAGCUCAACUUGCUCUUCUCCUCCUACGACUCGGUCAAGGUGAAGAAGUGGCUGGCGUACCCUCACUACAGCCCCCCGGAGCCGUUACCCCCAAUCAUCCUCCACGAGCAGCUCUAUUACCUCAACGGCAUCGAGUGGGCCGCCAGUGCCAUGGAGAUGAGCGCGAUCGCGGCCAAGAAUGCGGCGCUGCUCGCCUACCACCGCUGGUACGGCAACGCCGACAAGAUCGACCAGGAGGACUUGCACGAGAAGCUGAAGACGGAGCUCUGAGCCCGAGGAGCGCCUCGCUCGGACCUGAGGCCACCCAGCUGCCUCCACGCAGGCACUGCUUGAUUGGAACGGUAAUUAAAAGGUGGCAGGCGCUUUAAAUGAGCGCUCUCACGCAAAACACUCGCUCUGCCCCCGAGGUAUAAAUGCCACAUUGACCCCAAAGUGUCCUUCUCAAUGAGGAUCUACAUCGCUGUGCUCAACUGAGCCCCCCCCAAAACCUGUGUGCAUCGAUUUCCUUCAGUUGGGGAAAAAAAUCACCAUCUCAGCCCUGAACUUUUCUGCCUGGACCUUUUUUUUUUUUUUUUUAGGAUCUAUCAAGUAGUUAGCUCUUGGUGCAGUGGAAAUCGUGGCUUCGUUUUUAACUUUUAAUUUGCGUCCAGAAGUACUGUGAGCUGGGGGGGGGAGAUGGGUCUGCUUCUAGCUAAGGGGGUUGGGGGAGUUGCCAAAACGCCCGCUUUUUGUCAAGGUUUAGCUGCCUACAGCAGGGCCCCGCUUGGUUUUAGCAGCUCAGCUUUUCGGGAGAAGCUUUUCUGUCCCCUUGACCGUACCUAACGCUGCUGCGACACCUCAACCGCGUCCAACUAUGCAGAAAGCACUGGAUUGUCAUUAAAAUAAAACUAACAUGAUGGUUCGGAGGGAGCUGGAGGCGUC